AUGAUUCACUAUAGAAAUCUUCCAACUACAUACAGAAAUGAUAUGGAGAACUAUCAAAUUCGUCGAUUUGAGAAAGCCACCCGUUUCAACCUUUCCUAGUAAAAUUAGAUUGGGAGAAGAAGAACACUUAGAAUACAACCAUAAUUAUUAAUGACUUCUUAAAAGAAAUUCUUUGUAGAAUUGGUAGCAUUAAAUGAAGAGAAAUCAAAAUAUUUAUUGUACAAAAGUGAUAUAAAAAAGGUUCAAAUUUAACUAAAGAGGAAAAAGUUCUGAAUCAACAAUUGAAGGUACAUUAAAUAAUACUGCUUAAUUGAUUAUGUUAUCACUUCCUUACUUUUGUACGAAUCAUAAUAAAAGAUAAACCAUAUUGAAAAAAUGGAAAUAAAUUAUAUGGGGAGUUAGAAUCAUAUUAAGAUAUAAGAAGAUAUUCAAAGAAUAAGCAUUUUUUGAUUAGUUAUCCAAAUUGCCAAAAAGAAGAAAACUUUCAUCUCCAACAUCUGGACAUAGAAGUCCAAAGAAGAGGAGAAUACCAGCACCUUCAAGUGACAACUUUAAUUUUACUAUUAUUACUAAAGACUUGCCAGAGGACACAAGUCGUAGUAAGACAAGUCGAAAAAUGAAAAAUCAACUCUCAGAAAAUUUCUAAAAAUCUAUUUACUAUUAAAAUUAGAAAUAGUAGGAGUUAAGAUUAGAAAGAUUAAGAAAUAAUAGUUUACAUCAGUUGCUAAAUUCUUAAUAAAAUCAAUCAUUAGCCACAGCUAGAACAUAAUCUGUUUUAAUAAGAAAGAUAAGAAUAAAAAGACAAUCAAUAUAAUGA